AUGUCCUCCAACAAUCCACGUGGAUUCAAUCAACAACAAAACAUUAAUAGGAGAGAAUUAUCAUUCAAUGUUGUUGGAGUUGGAAAACAAAACUCAAAUACAUCAACUAAUACAACUUCAAAUGGUGGUUCAUCUUCUCCUACCACUAAUUCUACAACAAAUAAUGUUGUUACUUCUACAACCAAUAGUAAGCCUUCAAAUACAUCACCUAAAUCAUCAAAAUCAUCUUCAUCAUCAGCCAAUAGUACAAGUAGUCAGAGACAAGCUAACAAUGCACCAAUUAAAAGUAGUACACCACUCACAAAACAAUCCUCUGGAACACAACUCACUACUCGAAGUGGAGUUGAAAGUUCUUCCUCUUCUGCUGCUAUCAGUAAGAGAUUGACUAGUGCUGCCACAACAGUUAGUAGUACAACAAGUAACUCAAUCAAAUCAACAAGUUCAUCCAUUGCACUCUCAUCUGCUUCAUCUUCAUCAAAUCUUCUUCAAACAGUUCUAAGUAAGGAAGAAGAGGCUGAACUAAUUAAAGAAUUGUGUGGCGAAGAAAUGUACCUAUUAUUAAUAUCAAGUAAACAUCAAGAAAGAGAAGAAUUUCUAACACGUUUAAAUGUAUGGAUUAAUCAAUCAUCUAAUUUACCACAUGGAUUUAUGAUUUUUCCAAGUGUAAAUUUACCAAUUGAAAAGACAAGAGUAUUAAAAGUACUUGCUAUUAUUCUAAGAAUGACACUAGUUGAUAAAAUUAUUAAAAUAGUGCAAUUAGCAUAUUCAACAUGUAUUUUAUUAGUUGAAUCAGCACCAGUACAACAAGCAAAGAAUAUAACACAUUUAAAAGAAGGUCUUUCACAAAUAUUACCAUUAUUGAUGACUAAAGUAAUUGAUUCAAAUGAAAGAAACUCUAAGAGUGCUAUACAAGCAGUAACAAAAAUGUCAACAGUUAAAGUAAUUUCUAAAUUAGUAUUUAAUUAUGCAUUACUAUCAAUUAAUUCAGGUAAACCAUUAUCACCUAAAGCUAUUCAAGGUAGAAUUUCACUUGUAGAAUCACUUGUUUUAAAACAUGGAUUGAAUAAUAGUAGUUUAGAAGUUUCAAUUCAAUUUUUAGAUUUUUUAAAUGAAUGUUUAACACAUAAAACAGUUCAAGUUAAAGAUUCAUGUAUUGAGUUAUUAGCAAUAAUGCAUAAAUCAAUGGGAAAGGAAUUAUUUGAUUUAAAUGUAAUGGAUAAAUUACCUUCAAAAACAUCAACACUUGUACAAAAAUUAGAAAUUAAAAUUAGAGCUAAAAAACAAGAAGAAAUUGAAGAAGAAAAAAAGAAGGAAGAAUUAAAAAAUCAAAAAACACAAAAUGAAACUAAUAUAGUAUUUAAACAAGGUGAUAUAUCGAGAGAAUUAAUAAUGAAAAAAUCACUUAAAAAAAUUCAAUCAGGUGAAUCAAUUCGAUCAUUUUUAAAAUCACUAACACAUUUACAUUUUGAUUCAUGUAAUAUUUCUAAAAUUAUUAAUUUAGAACAUUGUCCAAAUUUAAGAGUUUUAUAUUUAUAUGAUAAUAGAAUUACUAAAAUAGAAGGAUUAAAUAAUAACAAACAAUUAAUACAUUUACAUUUACAUCACAAUUUAAUUGAAAAAAUUGAAGGAUUGGAUGAAUUGGUUAAUUUACAACAAUUAUAUUUAAAUAAUAAUAGAAUUAAAAUUGUUGAAAAUUUAACAAAAUUACAAAAACUACAAGAAUUACAUUUACAACAACAAGAUAUUGAAAAUUCAAUGAUUUUAGAUUCAGAUUCAAUGAAAUCACUUUCAAAUUCAUUAACUUUAUUGGAUUUAAGUAAUAACAAGAUUGAAGAUUCACUUUCUAUUGGAUUUUUAGAAAAUUUAAUUGAAUUGGAUUUGAGUAAAAACAGAAUUGAUAAAAUGGAUCAAAUUUUAUUCAUUUUAGAAAGUAAUAGACAAUUACACUCUUUAAAUUUAAUUGGAAAUUCUGUAUGCGAUUCUUAUAAAAUGAGAGAUCAAAUCAUUGUUUCAAGUAGUUCAGAUUUAACUUUAUUAAAUCAAGUGGAAAUUACAGAUAUUCAGAGAGAAUUUUUAUUAUCAUUUGAACAUCAAAAAUUAAAAAGAACAUCAAGUGAUAAUAAUGGAAUGAAUUUGGCUUUACAUAAUAAUAGACAGACAAAUAGUAAUGAAAAUGAUCCAAACUUUUUAAAAGAUUUAUUAACAAUAAAUUAA